AUUAUAUGUCUUUGUGGUUUUUCCAAAUUGAUGAUUACUCUUACCGAAGCUUUGCAAAUGUAAAUGUUCAUUAAGAAUUAAAAUUAAUGAGGACGACAUUAGCGCAAGGCUGGAAGCCUGGAACCAUACUUUUCUGGUAAGUUGUCUGGCCUAUUAUGUUAACUUUACUGAUCUUACUCGCAUCUGGGUGUCAAUCUUACAAACCAUAAACAACAUAUAUCAGUACAAAGAAAUCCAGGCGUAAGAGGCAGAAGAGACAGGUAGGGAACUUAAUGCAGGGGCCUCAUCUUGGACUAGGCUGUGAGGUGAUAGAACAGACUGACGGUAUGUGUUUGAUUGUAAUGAAUCUUAUUUGAAUUUUUAGUUUUGUGAGUCUGUUUUUUUUAAUGUUUGGUUAAUUACGGUAUUACAACGACGUAAAUGUUACAUAGACGAUUCUACAGCCGAUAAUUUUACUACUUUAUUGUGAUUACACGUCUAACUGCGUCACUCCAAGCCGUCCUAUGAGAUCCAUGUCCGAUGAUACGCCAUACACCAUGUUGAAGAUCUCUUGUAAUCAUUUUUUCCAUAAUCUUCAUAAUUCGAAUUUUCUGGAGUUUGAACUCUAGAUUUUUUGGUGUAGAAACAUUAAUGAACUCUUAGUUAAAUCGUUGGAAUGAAGAGCUUCCACGUUUUGUGUAGUGAAUCUGUUUAAUUUUAUUUUUUAUAUUAUCAUAAUGUAAAGUGUUUUUUAGUGCGGGUUGAACCGGUUACUUAGAAGGGUAAAAGAGAAAUAUUACAUAAUAUAUAUGAUGUAUAUACGCAACUUAGGACAAUUCGUUAGAGUGUUAGUUAUUUAAAAAAUUGGGCUAUACGAUAUAAUUUCCCAAGUAUAUAAUUGUUAAAAAGUAUAUCAAUUUUAAUAAAAAUUAUUUGGUUGAUAAAUAAAUUAAAAUUGAUUAUAAAAAUGCAGUUUGGGUAUUAUAAAACAAUAUAUUAUUUAAGUAAUAAAAAUAAUUUAAAGCCUUUUUCUAGAUACUCUUAGCAUUUUUAGAUUAUAUAGGAUACUUUCCUAUAUUUGACCAAAAGAAAAAAAGAUACUUUCUAUACAGAAAAAGAUACUUUGAAUUUAUUAACACAUUUCUCUAUACAAAUACAGUGUCCUCAAGUUUGUGUUAUCGUGUCCUUUCGCUCUUCUAUGUUAGAGAUUUUUGUGGGUUAACCGUGAAGACCUUGUAGCGAGAAUGUCAGACAAUCCUCUCAUCAUGCGUAAAACCUCGUCUUGUUCCAGAUGGAUAGAUCAGAUGCACAAUGAAUACUUCUGUGCGCACAUGUCGGAAGAAGAGAAGAUUGCUGCUGAAGAGAGCUUCAAAGCGUAUAUCAAUCCUACUGAACUCUACAUGAAACUUCAGGAUCGUGCUAAAAAGAAUCCCUUGUUUCUUCAGCGAUCUUUGAGUUAUAAGAUUGAGGCCAAACAUCAAAGGAGAAUACAAAUGACUGUGUCCCUUUCGGACAGUAUAGAGACUCAAAAAUUGUUCCCUCUAUAUGUUUUUCUGGCAAGACUCGUUUCUCCUGAGCCUACUGCAGAGUAUUCUGCAGUAUAUAAGUUCAGUCGAACAUGUAGCAUACCUGGUGGGGUUGAUGGAAAAGCCAACUUUCUUCUCCCUGAAAUGGACAGACUCGCUUUGAAGGCAGGAUCAGUGGAUUUAUUAUUUAUCAGCUUUGCUGGUGAGCAAAAUUUUGAUUCAAGCAAGAUCCGUUCAGGCAACAUAGGAGGACAUUGCUUCCUGAGCAAAAUACCCUUGGAAACUCUCUAUUCGUCCUGGAAGAAAUAUCCAAAUAUGGGCUUGGGAGAGAGAGCAACUUCAGUCUCUCUCGUUGAAAUGCAGCCUUACUUUUUACAGCUAAAGUGUAUAAUGAGUGAGCAGUGUGUCGAGAUUCAGGUUCCCAGAAACCCCCUCACCUCGAGCUCACCACAGCAAGUCCAAGUCACCAUAUCUGCACAAGAGGUUGGAGCAACGGAAAAUCCUCCUUAUCGUUCUUCAUUUUCAUUUAAUGACUUCCCUGCCUCUUCGGUAGUGUUGCCAAUUAACAGGUUGAGAAAAGGACAAGUUGCUUUCAAUUACAGAUAUUAUAACAACAAACUACAGAAAACUGAAGUAACUGGAGACUUCACUUGUCCAAUCUGCUCAGUAAAAUGUGCCAGUUUUAAGGGCCUGGAGUGUCACAUGCCAUCAACCCAUGAUCUCUUCAAUUUCGAAUUUUGGGUAAAUGAAAAAUAUCCGGCUGUAAAUGUGUCUCUCAAGAGUGAGGUAACGUUCACCGAGACUAAUAAGGGCGACCCUAACGCAAGGCUGGAACCAUACCCUUUCUCCUCAAUGAAAUCCAGCCGUAGGAAGCAGAAGACUCCGGUAAGGAACCCAAGGCCGAGGCCAAUUAAGACUGACGAUGCUGCUGACUCUGUUAAAUGUGAGAAGAGCCAAACAGUUCCUCCAGGAAUGGGUCCUGCAGACUUGCAAAUGAUGAACAUGUGGAACUCUUUUAUGAAGAAGCACCGAGUUAUCACAGGUGGUUGCAUCGCAUGUGGAUGUGAGGCGUUCUCAAAACUACACGGACCCUUCUUGGUCCGAAAUCUGGACUUGCUCUGGUGCUGGAAAAAGUAUAUCUGGACACUGAAGAUUUAUGGCCGCCUUGACGCCCAAACCUUGAACAACUGUAUGGUGCUUUUCGAACAGCUUGCAAAUUGAAGACCCAGAAGCCUUUAUUUUAAGUUUAAAAAACUCUAAAUAAUAGAAAAAGGAUAUGAGAGUAGGUUUUCACUACUUUUGGAUCCCUUUUAUCCUCUUUCGUUUUGGAUGUUAUUAUUUUACAUUAUCCCUUAAUUUCCCGUUUGAGUGUUAUUAAAUUACUUAAUUUUUAUUUUGGAGUUAUUAAUUUUUCUUUACAGAAAGUUUGUAUAUUACAGUUGUCUGAAAUAUAUUUUACCCGAUAAAUGGUAGGGAAUUAAUGAAACGGGGCUAAAUAAUUGUCCAUCAGCAUUGAAGAAUUCAUUCUAGGGUUCAUGCUUGAAUUGAUUGUAGGAUUUUAUUUAAUUACUACUUUUUUCCUUCUUCUUUGGCUUAGUUUGAGGUUUUACCUUUUCCCCCAUCCAUUCUUUUUUAUUUAUUUACCAUUGAUCAUAAAGUCGUCCCUUAGAUUAUGUUUCUUACUAAUGGAGACGUUUGUGGUCUCGUAUAAGGAAAGCUCACGGUUUAUAAGAUCACCCUUGAUAGCAGAGGAACUGGCCCUAAGAAGCGGUCGUGAAGUUCAUAGAGAUGUGAUUCAAUCGAGUGCAGUUUCAGUCUGAUUCAUCCCAACUUAUUCAGUCUAUCAAGCACUCAAGUCUGGGCAAGCUUUGUUGAAUUAUAUGGUAUUGUUUCAGAUAGUUUGAGGUCUUUUCUCUUAUUUAGAUUCCCGGUAUUAGGAACAAAGAGGCCGAUGUUUUGGCAAAGCAAGCUCUUCUGUUUAAAUUGCAAUGGUAUUUGUGUUACAAAGAAAAAAAAAAUGUUAUCAUACAAUAACAUUUUAGGUUUAGUUAACAUUGUUGAUUGCAUUCAUUUUUUUAAUCCAUUCUCUCAUUUAUUAAUUUGCAUAUAUACAGUAGAAACUCUAUGAAUUAAUACUCGAUAAAUUAAAUAAACACUAUAAAUUAAUAAAUUUUUGAGUACCGAAUUGGGCUGAUUCAAAAUAUGACACAAAUCGAUAAAAUAAUAAGAUAAUAAUUUUUGAAAAGUUUUAUGUAAAUAUACGGUCCCAUUAAAAUCAUAAAUAAAUAAUAUGUCUAUAUAUACAUUUUAUAUAAGUAUAAACUAAACAUUAUAUUGUUGGUUUCAUAUUCACAAUGAAAAUACUUCUAUUUCUCUUUAACAUUUCAAUAUGUUUUGAUAAUAUUUAGUAAAAUUAUAACGAAAGUCACAUUCAAAUUCUAUGAAACAUUAAAAUAUACACCAAAUAAUAUAAUAAAACAAGAUGAAAGUCGAAUUUCUAAAAUUUAAUUAAUGUAUAUACGAUAAAAUCAAAUAUUUUUUUAUUUUAAAAAUAAAAAAUAUUCAAAAAUAGAAAAU